AUGAUUUUGAUUUCAGUGAAGUCCAGCAAAAUAUGCACAAGUUUGCGAAUCAGUGGGAAUAUGAAGAAAAAAGUUACAAAGGAGUGACUACAACCUCUUGCAAAAAUCUCACUGGUAGUAGAGAUCAACAACAUCAUAAAUCCUGGAAUAAUUUUCCUUUAAAGCAGAAUGUUUCUGUAAGAAGUAUGUCUCAAUAUUACAAGUAUUACAAGUCAUAUAUGAGGAAUAAGGAACUAAAAAGUAAGGUAGGCUGUUCAGGAAACAAGUGUUUGAAAUGUUUGGAAACUAGGCUUGGAUUAAGCCUUCAUUCACAUUUGGCUGAACUGCAGAUUUUUCAAACUGAGGAGAAGAUUUACGAAUGUAAUCACGUUGAGAAGUCUAUCAAAAACUGUUCCUCAGUUUCACCACUUCAAAUAAUUCCUGCUAGUGUCAAAACCAACAUUUGUAAUAAAAAUGGGAAGGUUUUAAUGCAUCCUUCAUUGCUUACACAACACCAGAAAACACGUAUUAGAGAAAAGCCCUACAAAUGUAAUGACUGUGGGAAGGCUUUUAGCCAUUGCUCAGUCUUAGCUAAUCAUCAAAGAAUUCAUUCUGAACAGAGACCGUACAAAUGUAGUGAGUGUGGCAAAACCUUUAACAGACUCUCAAACCUCACAAGGCAUCAGAGAAUUCAUACUGGGGAGAAACCAUAUAAAUGUAACGUAUGUGGUAAGGACUUUAUGAUACGUUCACACCUUUGGGGUCAUGAGCGAGUUCAUACUGGAGAGAAACCUUACAGAUGUAAUGAGUGUGGCAAAGCGUUUUCUGAGCAUUCAAAUCUUGCUCAACAUAAGAGAAUCCAUACUGGAGAGAAACCUUAUAAAUGUCAGGAGUGUGGUAAGGAUUUCACCACACGUUCACACCUUUGGGGCCAUGAGAGAAUCCAUACUGGAGAGAAACCUUACAAAUGUCAUGAGUGUGGCAAAGCCUUCACUGGGAGCUCAAACCUUACUCAACAUAAGAAAGUUCAUACUGGAGAGAAACCAUAUAAAUGUCAUGUAUGUGGCAAGGCCUUCAGUCAGAAUUCAAGCCUUACAGUUCAUCAGAGAAUCCAUACUGGGGAGAAGCCUUACAAGUGUCACGAGUGUGGCAAAGCCUUUAAGCAGUACUCAAGUCUCAACAGACACCAGAAUAUACAUGGAGUGAAGAUACAGAUGUAAAGUGUGUGGUGAAGGUUAGGGUCCACAGAUUUGAUGGUCAGGUUGCCUGUAGCCAACUCCUUCGUCUUCAUCUUUACAGGAAUCUCCAGGACAGUGAUGGCUUUUGGGCAGAAACAGUUUCUCAGCGAUUUUGGUUGCAAAU